CAACAUCAACAUCAACAUCAACAUCAACACCCUCAUUGUGGUCUCAUCGCCUACCAACCGCCGCAGCAGGCCCAGUUCUACCAACACGGUGUGCUGCCAGCAGACGGCUCCCAGUUGUUCUCCAGCCCGCCUCCCUCGCAAACCGGCGCAUUCCCGGUCACAGGUCAGAAGACGCCCGCCACACCUGCUCAUCCCGCCCUUUUUCUCGGCCCUGGCAACACGCCCACCUCGCCCCCUGGCAACAACGAUGCCGGCGCUCACAGCGCCCACAGCGCCCAUAGCGCCAGCACUUGUCUCACUCCACCAUCUGCCGCUCUUGAGCUCUGUCCCGCCCUCGCAACCGUCUAUCCCGCCUCGUCCGGCGCUAUCACAGCCUGGCAACCGGCCGAUUGCGGUCUUCCCACCAACUCUCAGACUGCCGGCCAUCAGGCCUACCUGGCAAUGCAAGCCAGCGCUCUACAACAGUUCAUGGCCUUUAGCCCAGCCUCGAGUCAGCGGCCCGACAACAGCUCGCCGGUCAACAACCUGGCAUGCAAUCAAUUGCAUUCAAUGAAUCCUGGAGACCUGGCUAAUGCGACUGUCGAUCCGUCCCUCCAGAUCUCCUACCCCACACACCAUCUGCCCAACCAACAGCUUCACUAUCAUCCACAGCAUCCGCGAGCUCAACACACCCUUCAACAUCAUCAGCUGCAGCAACAACAUGAAUCUGGCCUGCCUCCACCUCCAUUUCAUCACCCGAAGAAGCACCAUCAUCACUGCCAUCAACAACAGCAGCCUACCUGCAACUAUAGCCCAAAACACUCACGCAAACUCAUGCAACAGCCUCUGUACCCUCAACAAACACACUUAUCUCAAAGCCACUCGGAUCUACUCAAUCACCAACUUCAGCCACCAUCUACUCCUCCUCCUCCUCCGUCCUCAUCUUCAAACACUUAUAGUCACGUCGGAUAG